CUCCUUUUUUAGGCCCUCGGGUGUUGGGUGUCAGAGCUGUAAGCUGUAAAGCGUAGUAAAGACUCCUUGAAGCAGACCCCAAUUACAGACAGGCACAAGCUGCAUCCGAGACGAGUGACAGGUCUGUCCCGUCAGCCGUCGGCAAAGUGCCUUCCGCUGUUGGCAGAUGGAUUGAUUCGAUUCAUCAUUCUGCAGUGUAGGCCCUUAGUUUGCCCGAGCCCGUGUUUUACUACCAUCGUCGACGUGCAUUUCCGAGUAUUGCAGAUCUUCAACUACAUACAUGUAUGUAGUCUUCCACUACAGGCAGCACACACAAGCACUUCGGACUUGCUGCAAAUAAAUAAAUCAUAAUUACGAGUAAAGAGUUCCGUUCUUCCCAGACUAGUAGAGGACACCCCAGUUCCAUGUACUACAGCAGCCAGAUCCCAGAUUAUUUCAUAAGUUACCUCAUCCAUCAUAUUAUUCACAAGAGGCACAAUGAGCAACAACAAUCAGGAAGGGCGCAAGAGGGGUAGCGAGGAUAUCACCAGGAGCAAUGACGAAGGAGAGGAGCAAGCGCGUGAAGUGGCCCGUCGUCCACGCCUUGGAGAGCAACAAGCGGAUUUUGCAGCCCAAUUGCAAGGCUUUGGGGGAGGUGGAAGAGAGGCAUUGGUUGGGGCAGCUCCCGGAGUCGGAAGGCAGCAUCUUGGCGGUGCCCUUCUUGCAGCCGGCCUGGGAGGUACUGGACAGGCCGGGCAGAACCAAAACAUGGAACAGCUUCUGCGGCAAUUCAUGGGUUCGGCGCAGGGUCAGGGAGCAGGAAACGUCGCGGGCAGACCGCCACCAGCAGGUCUGGGAAACCUUGCUCAAUUGCUAAACCAACCCCAACCGGCAGCAAUCGCUCAAGGGCUAAACUUUGCCCACCGUCCCACCUUGGGAGGGCAGCGGGAUCUUGGUCUUAAUUUGGCGGCGAACAUGCAGGCGGGCCACCCUCAGCAAAACGCAUCUGCAAGCAACAUCUUUUCUCAACAGUUUGGGAACCCAAGAGGAGCACAAAUGGCGGCGGGGAACCCUGCCAAUCUUUCCAACCAAUUUUCUGCCGACUUGAUCGCAGCUCUUACUGGCGCUCGAAGACCAGAUCCGCCAGUGGCCCAGGGAGGAGUUGGUCGUGUAAAUCCACUUUUGGGCGGAAGUAACCAACAAGUCAAUGACUUUCUUUCAUCUCUUAGCGGGGCUGCAGCUUCGCAAAUUCCAAUGGUUGUGGCAUCCGCGGCAGCUGGAUUGAGGCAGCAGGCCGGUGGUCAAUUGCAUGCACCGGUGGCUCCCCCGCCUUUAGCUCCAGGCUUGGUGAACCAGCUUCAGUGGGCUGGAUGGAGCACCGGUGCCGGCGCUGCAGUCGGAGGGGUUGCAGCCGACGCAGCUGCCGGUGGUGGCGCCGAAGAAGAAAAAGAAGAACAACAACCAAUAGGUCGUCGGAGGGUAGCUCUAUAUGUGACCACUGACGACGAAAGCGUCAAUGCUUACCAGUGCUUCGCUCGAAAGCAGAUCGAAUUGUUCGAAGCCACACAAGAUGAUGUUGAUGCAGGGGCCCAGGGCAGGAACAAGCCGAUCAUUUUGGGGCAAGUGGGCAUCCGAUGCCGACACUGUUCAGAGCUCCAUCCAAGAUUCCGUACACGUGCAGCCGUGUAUUAUCCAUCCAGAUUGGCGGUGCUCUAUCAGGCGGCUCAAAACAUUGUUCAAGUGCAUCUUCCUCAGCUCUGUGAAUCCAUCCCGGACGCAGUAAGGGAUCAUCUCAAGACUUUGGACAGCAAGAGAUCAGGUGUCGGCGGCGGAAAGAACUACUGGUGUGAUACAGCAAAAGCGCAAGGAAUCACGGACACCAAACAUGGUCUCCGAUAUGAAGACAACCCCCUUCCGGAGGAUCUUGCGGGUGAUGAGGAGGAGGAAGAAGGAAAAGAGGAAGCGAAAGAAGAGGCUCGUUCUUCCCCCUGACUGAAAGUAACCGCUUCGAUUUGAGUGCUGAAGUAUGUUGUCUGUCUCGGAAGCAAAUGAUGCUUGUUCUUGAUGUUGGCGGCGGUUCGCAUCGAAUCGCGGCCGAUGAAACUGAAGGAUGACUUCUUUGUUUGAUGGGAUCAGAGUUUACAUCACAAUAAGAAAAGAGUAAGACUCUAGAAGACGAAUGAACCACGCCU